GACGGGGCGUGUCCUACUUGAUAGCAGGCCUUUACUGCGCUGGGGCGCGAUCCAUAGCGGUAUCGCAGGCUGAAGCCGCAGGAGAGUACGUGUCCAAUUUCUUUGGCUUCUGCUGGUACAUGUGCUGUCUUGCGCUCAUCCUCGGCAGUGUGGCAUCCUUCUGGGCUUGGCAUGGGGAUCGGCGCUCCGCGCUGUUGGACAGCCCUGGCGGGCCUGAUCUGGAUGCCUACUAUAUCUCCUCGUAG